AUGGGCAACACCAAGCACCUCGCUUCGCUACUCACCUCCUGCUUGGCCGUCCUCUCCCUCGCCACGCCAUCGCUGGCGGCCACCAAACCCAAAAAUGCCAUCCUGCUGUCCGAGGUCCAGUCCUUGACGCUGCGCGGGGGCGCCAAGACGGCGCACCGCCGCGUGGCCGCCGCGCCCCAGCUCAAGUGCAUCUCGCACCCGAGCAUCUGCAAGCUGCACGACGUGGAUCUGAUGCGCUGCACGAACCAAGGGUCGGGCUACUCGGACGAGGAUAUCCAGUGGUCAUGUACCGCCAAUCUACCGCCGACGCUCAAGCUUGGCAGCACCGACGUCAUAUGCGAGGGGUACGCCUCUUCUGAUGACGAGUACGUUCUCAAGGGCAGCUGCGGCGUCGAGUACCGCCUCGUCCUGACAGACGAGGGCGACAAACGGUACCCGCACCUGCCCAAUGGCGGCGGCGGCGGCUGGGGAGGAAAGUCCAAGUCCAAGGAGGGCAUCGACUGGAGCGGUAUCCUCUUCAUGUUUUGUUUUGUCGGUGUUCUCAUGUGGAUGGUUUACUCAGGUUGCACCAAUGCACGCCAGGCUCGCAACAACACCACGACACGGCGGCCUAGGAGCGGCGGGGGAGGAGGAGGUGGUGGAUGGGGUCCCGGUGGUGGCGGAGGUGGCUUUGGAGGAGGCGACUGGGGAGAUGAUGAUCCGCCGCCGCCAUACAAGCCGAGUAGCAGCUCGUCUUCGCGGGCUGGUUGGCAACCUGGCUUCUUCACGGGCGCUGCAACUGGCGCUGCCGCUGGCUAUUAUGCGGGAAGUCGUGCCAACCGACAACAACAGCAGCAGCAGCAAAGAGGCUAUGGAAGCGGUAGUGCCGGAAGCAGUUGGUUCGGCGGCAGCGGCUCACCCUCCUCAAGCAACAAUGAUUCUGGCUCUAGCAGUAGUGCUCGUUACGAGAGCACUGGCUUCGGCAGCACAAGCCGACGAUGA